CAUCAGUCGCUCAGACCUCACUGCAAUAUCAAUAUCUUUAGCUUCUCCUAAGAAAAAAUCAAGAAAAUAUCACCAUGAACUUCUACAACAUCUUCGUUUUCGUCGCUCUCAUUCUGGCCAUCACCAUUGGACAAUCGGAAGCUGGGUGGCUGAAGAAAAUUGGCAAGAAAAUCGAACGCGUUGGUCAGCACACUCGGGAUGCCACAAUCCAGGGACUGGGAAUCGCUCAACAAGCCGCCAAUGUCGCCGCAACUGCCCGAGGUUGACCACGAUGAUUAUUUAUAAUUAUUUAUUUAAAGAUCUAUUUAUUCUGUUGCUCCCUGUAAAUAAAACAAUUUU